AUGAGAAAUCCAUUUGAAGAAGAGUCUACAGAAGACACAGAUGAACCAGCUUACCCACACGCCGCUUUUACAAGAUACCCACGCCGUGAACUAUACAGAAUCCCUUUGGAUGAAAGCAGCGAGAUUGACAUCCCAAGGUCUCCCGACAGCAAGCUUGACAGGAAUGGAUCACCGGAUAUAUUUGCAAGGAGUUCUUAUCAAGUAUCAAACGGAAAACCAUCUACUCUCAAAGGAACUAGAACGCCUAACUUGGAAUUGAAUGAAAACAAGACAGCUAGAGCUAAAUACACGUCGGACGAAAGCCCUAAAAGGCAAAGGCAAGGUGGGUUCUUCAUUCCUGAUGGGAAGCAAAGUGCCGUUCCAAUUGAUGAGAUCUUUGUGUCCCACGCAAGCUCGUCAAGGAGCACGACACGAAGCGAAAGGAUUCUUGAGCCCCCUCAGCCAAUCUUCACACCUGAAACAUUCGCCGAAGCCAAUCUUCAACAUCCCGACGAUGAGUCUGAUCAAAAGACAGUAACAUCCGACCAAUCACUCGAUUACGGGUACCCAGAUUAUCAAAAAGUCUAUGAAGAAGAGUCAAUCUCUGACACCAACACAGCUUACAGCUCUGGGUAUCACUCAAUGGGAGGACAAGAGAGUGACUACUUUGGUGCCUCAAUAGAUCGUGACAUGAUGCGCAAUAUUCCUGACACAUACGUCCCGGUGAAAGAUAAAGCAACGACGAAGCGAAAAGUUCGUCUUAUUGGGGGUGACUCCGGAAAUUUUGUUCUCGAAAAUCGUAUACCAGAAGAGCUCAGGAAGGUGUUGACUAGGACUGACUCACCAUUCGGCGAGUUUACCAACAUGACAUACACAGCUUGCACAGCCGAGCCCGAUAACUUUGUGGCAGAUGGCUUCACUUUAAGGCCUGUCAAGUUCGGAAGAGAAACAGAACUCGUCAUAUGUGUCACGAUGUACAAUGAAGACGAAUUCGCUUUUGCCAGAACGAUGCAUGGCAUCAUGAAAAACGUGGCUCAUUUAUGCUCUCGAGCUAAAUCGUCUACUUGGGGAAAAGAUUCAUGGAAAAAGGUUCAGGUUGUGAUUGUUGCUGAUGGCCGUAAUAAGGUAAACGAAGCUGUUCUUCAGUUGUUGACGGCUACGGGCUGCUACCAGGAUAAUUUGGCCCGCCCAUACGUCAAUAACAAAAAAGUGAAUGCUCACCUCUUUGAGUACACUACCCAAAUCUCAAUUGAUGAGAACUUAAAGUUCAAGGGAGAUGAAAAAAGCCUUACCCCUGUGCAAGUCCUCUUCUGUCUCAAGGAAAAGAAUCAAAAGAAGAUCAAUUCGCACCGAUGGCUCUUCAAUGCAUUCUGCCCUGUGCUUGACCCAAACGUGAUUGUAUUAUUGGAUGUGGGUACGAAACCUGACAAUCACGCAGUUUACAAUCUUUGGAAGGCAUUCGACAAAGACUCGAAUGUUGCAGGGGCUGCGGGUGAAAUUACUGCGAUGAAAGGAAAGGGAUGGGUCAAUUUGUUAAAUCCCUUGGUUGCCUCGCAAAACUUUGAAUACAAGAUGUCCAACAUCUUGGACAAACCUUUGGAAUCUGUUCUUGGUUACAUAACUGUUUUGCCGGGGGCACUCUCAGCGUAUCGAUAUAUUGCUCUUCAGAAUCAUUCAGACGGGUCAGGACCUUUGGCCUCAUAUUUCAAAGGCGAGGAUUUACUAAAUUCACGCCAUCUCACGAACAGCAAGACCAACUUUUUUGAAGCAAACAUGUAUCUCGCAGAAGACAGAAUUUUGUGCUGGGAACUAAUUGCUAAGAAGAACGAGAAUUGGGUCCUCAAGUUCGUCAAACAAGCGACUGGAGAAACCGAUGUUCCGGACACCAUCCCAGAAUUCUUAUCACAGAGAAGAAGAUGGAUAAACGGCGCAUUUUUCGCUGCAUUAUAUGCGUUGAGACAUACCCCCAAAGUCUGGCAGACUGAUCACUCAAUGGGAAGAAAAAUAUGGCUCUGCGUCGAAUUUGCUUACCAAUUUGUGAGCACUGUGUUUUCCUUCUUUUCUUUGAGCAACUUCUACUUGACAUUUUACUUCCUCACGGGAGCUCUCAUCUCCGAGAAGAGUCAAAAUGAGCAAGGUGAAUUUGAGGUUAUCGUUCAGGACUACAACAUUGAUGAGGUCUAUCUCGAAACGCUUUACAGCAUCCGUUCUCGGAGAUCGAGCAAAAAGGUGAGGCCUUUCCUGGAAACGCCAAAUGAAUUGGAUGGUGAAGAUUACGCAAAGCACGUCCGAACAAAGGUUGUUCUUCUGUGGCUUUUGUUGAAUCUCGUUUUCAUAAUGACAAUGUUGCAGGUCUACGAACCAGGAGAUACUGGAAGGAAUUACUAUCUUGUCUUUAUUCUAUGGAUGGUGGCAGUACUUGCUCUCUUCAGAGCCUUGGGAUCGACAGCUUACCUUUUACAGCACUUCGCUAGAUGGCUUGUGGAAUCCCAUAGGCGUGACACGACGAAAGUGAAGGAAAAUCUCAAAUCGGUUGAUGCUGCAGAUUCGGACGACGAAGAUGGAGACUUGAACGAAGCUGAGUCUACUCCUGCAUUGGUUCAAAAUUUGCCCAAUCUCGAUUCAAAAAUUGUACAAUUGGUUGCUACGGACAAUCUCAGUGGUGUUCUUUAUGAAAAUGGAGAAGUCUACACAUGGGGUACGUUUAGAGGUAACGAAGGUCUCAUGGGAUUUGACGAGAGCAAAGCCAUACAAGAUAAGCCAUUACGUAUGGAAUCCUUGAAGAACAUUGUACAACUUGCCGGUGGAAAAGAUCAUGUCCUAGCACUAGACUCCAAGGGAAUUGUGUACGCUUGGGGAGACGGUCAACAAUUUCAACUAGGACGAAGAAUUUUAGAGAGGCACAAAAUGGCAGCUCUCAAGCCUCACCAGUUUGGAUUGUAUAAUAUUAGGUACAUCGCCUGUGGUGAUUAUCAUUCUUUUGCGAUAAACACUCACGGCGAGGUAUUCGCAUGGGGUCUCAACCAAUAUGGGCAAUGUGGGGUCUCAGAGUCAGGAGAAUUGGAGGAUGGCUCCCUUUUGAAGCAACCCACGAAAGUGCAAACUCUUUCUGAAUUGAAAAUCAAGUCCCUCGUGGGUGGUGAACAUCACUCAAUGGCGUUGACUCAUGAUGGACAAGUGCUUUCAUGGGGUAGACUUGAUAUGCAAGAGCUCGGUAUUCCAUCUCAUAAAUUACCCUCCUAUACCUUCAAAGAUGCGCACGGAAGGGCUCGUUCUGUGCCCCAACCUACUCAGAUUUCUAUUGGCCAGAAGCAACAUCACAAGAUCAAAACAAUCGGAACUGGAUCGCACCAUUCAUUUGCUGUAACGGAUGACGGCGUAGUGUUUUCCUGGGGAUUCGGCGACACGUACGCACCUGGCCUUGGUCCUCUUGACGAAGAUGUUGAAGAACCUUCCAGGAUCUAUAACACAGCGACAAAAGCAAUAGACAUUCAAAUGAUCAGUGGUGGCGGACAGUUUUCCGUUAGCGGUGGCAUACAAAUUUCCGAGGAACUUGCUAUCAAAAGAAACGAAAGAUAUGAAGCAAAUGAUGAUUGA